AUCUAUCUAUCUAUUAUUGUUGUUUCUUGUGCCUUUCUAUUAAAUCACAGUCAUCAUUCUAUCAAAUAUAAAGAUUAAUUAGUGUAUUCGUUGCUUUGUUCAUUUAUCCAUCCGCAGCUCAAAAAUAGAUCGUUCACGAAGCCAUCAAGCAUCCACAAUUGAAACAGGAGCCAAAAACAUUCCCUUUUCCUGUGGUCAUAGUUUUGCUCUUCAGUCAGAGGGUGGCGCUGCGGCUCAUAAAGUCUCUCUCGCUCGCUCCCUCUCUCUCUCUCUCUCUCUCUCUCUCUCUCUCUCUCUCUCUCUCUCUCUCUUUCAUUCUGCUGAUCUGCUGCUGGACCUGAGCUGGCUGGACACGCUCAAUGGAAAUCUGGCCGCAUACAGCGUCUCUCUCUCGCAGUGAAUGGCUGUGAAUCCGGCGAGGUGUACUGGGCACAGGAGGAGCAGGACUGUCUGCCUUUGAGCGCAGUUUCCCAGAGGCAGCCAAACUGGAUUAUAUUCCGGGGUGAAGUACCGAAGGAGAAAGGGCGAAACCCCGCGACAGCCUGCGCUUUUCUUCAUCCCCUCUCUUUCUCUCUCUUUUUCUGGAAGCAAAGACUUGGACAAAAUGGUUUUCCCGAAAUCUCAGUGACUGCGAUGUCAGCAUCUCUCAUUUUACCGCUUGUGGAGCGCAGACUGAAGACAUACACGCACUGAGAGGAGAAAAUAACAACGCGUUAGUCAGGUCAGGUGUUUUUUCUCGAGAGAGAGAGGAGCCGUUCAUUCACGGCGCACUGGAUUCAAGUAACACUCGCCCCUGGCAGCUGAAGAUGACGUUACUAUGGAAACAGUUUUUGCUGCUAUCAAUCAUGGAGUAUCUUGCAGAUUGUCUGGAUUAUAAGUCAUUCAAUGGGCCAAAAUGGAGAAUGGAGCCCAGUGAUCUGACAGUGGGUUCACUGGAGGAAGAAGCCACACUGGCCUGUGAUGCAAAGGGCAUUCCUGCCCCUCAGUACAGGUGGUCUCUGAACGGCACAUUGAUUAAUCUCAGCACUGAUUCCCGUCGGCGACUAUCCGGGGGGAAUUUGGUCAUUAGGAGUCUGGACCGGGCCCAGGAUGGAGGAAUAUACCAGUGCACUGCCUUCAACCCACACGGAGCGAUUCUCAGCAGAAGAGCUAGCCUUCAGUUUGCAUACUUGAAUUUAAAAACUCAAACAAGAAGUGCUGUCUCAGUGCGAGAAGGCCAGGGGGUAGUUUUACUUUGUGGUACGCCAUCAUAUGCAGGAGACCUCUCAUUUGCAUGGGUCUUUAACGAGUACCCUUACUUUGUUCAGCAAGACAAUCGACGCUUUGUCUCUCAGGAGACGGGAAACCUUUACAUCGCCAAAGUGGAGCCUUCGGAUGUGGGCAACUACACGUGUGUGGUGGUAAACCGCAUCACUAAAGGCAAAGUCCUCAGCUCCCCGACACCUCUGGUACUACGAACGGAUGGUGUUAUGGGGGAAUAUGAGCCUAAAAUUGAGGUUCAUUUCUCUGAUAUGGUUCCAGCAGCAAAAGGAUCAGUUGUGACACUGGAGUGUUUUGCUUUGGGAAACCCAGUUCCAGAGAUAACAUGGAGGAGGGCGAAUGCAGUGCCGUUUCCCAGCAAGGUGAAGAUGAAGAACUCAAAUGUAGUUCUGGAGAUUCCCAGUUUCCAGCAGGAAGACGCCGGAGGCUAUGAAUGUGUGGCAGAGAACAAGAUGGGAAAGAACACAGUGCAAGGACGACUGUCUUUCCACGCAAAACCUCAGUGGGUACAGACGAUGCGGGACAUUGCUUUAUCAAUUGAAGAGAGGUUGUUCUGGGAGUGUAAAGCCAACGGGAAACCCAAACCUUCGUACAGCUGGCUGAAGAAUGGAGAACUGCUGGCAGCCGAGGACAGGAUCCAGAUCGAGAAUGGAGCACUGACAAUCAGCUCUGUAAACCUCUCAGAUGCUGGCAUGUAUCAGUGUGUCGCUGAGAACAAACACGGGAUCAUUUAUUUUGGUGCCGAGCUGGUGGUGUUGGCUUCGCCCCCAGACUUUUCCAGAAGCCCUCUAAGAACCUUGCUUAAAGCCAAGACGGGCAGCACAGUCACCAUGGAGUGCAAACCGCAGGCCUUUCCCUCAGCCAUCACCCUGUGGAGGAAAGGCAAUGAAGUGAUGCAGAGGACUGACAGGAUAACUUUUCUCCCUGAUGGAACGCUUAGACUCACAAAUGUGACCAAGAUGGACGGGGGAAACUAUGCUUGCUUGGCUAGAAACCAGUUUGGUACGGCCAGCACUUCGGGAAGACUGUUGGUCACAGAUCCCACACAGAUCACGCAGGGUCCAAUGGACAUGGAGAUCAUCGUGGGCGAGAGUAUCGUACUGCCCUGUCAGAUCUCCUGUGACCCUGCUCUCGAUGUCUCGUUCUCUUGGGCCUUCAAUGGGCAGCUGCUCAGUAAACUCGACCAACAUUAUGAGCAUGUGGGUGGGAGUACAUCUGGAGAUCUGAUGAUUCGGAAUAUACAGCUGAAACACGCUGGAAAGUACGUUUGUGUGGUGGACACAGAUGUUGAGAGUUUAUCAGCUGCUGCUAUUUUAAUCGUCAAAGGUCCCCCAGGAGCUCCAGAUGGUGUAACAGUGGAAGAGAUCACGGACAGCACGGCUCAGCUUUCCUGGAGACCCGGCCAGGAUAACGGCAGCCCCAUCACAAGCUAUAUCAUCCAGGCCAAGACGGCUUUCACAGUGGGCUGGCAAGCGGUGAACACGGUCCCGGAGGUGAUUGAUGGCAAUACCUUGACCGCGACGGUGGUGGAUCUGAACGCAUGGGUGGAGUUUGAGUUCCGAGUGCUGGCUAGAAACAGCGUCGGUGUGGGCGAACCGAGCCCUGCUUCUCUUAAAACAAGAACUGAAGAUGCAGUUCCUGACACGGCCCCCACCGAUGUCGGAGGUGGGGGUGGCUCCAAGUCAGAGUUAGUAAUAACAUGGGAGCCUGUGCCUGAAGACCUGCAAAACGGAGAUGGUUUUGGCUACAUCAUCGCUUUCCGGCCGUUGGGGGAAGUCAACUGGACGCAUGCUGUCACCUCUGUUCCGACGCAGUCCCGUUAUGUGUACCGAAAUGAGAGCAUCCUGCCAUUUUCUCCAUUUAGCGUCAAAGUGGGCGCCUACAACACCAAAGGCCAGGGACCGUUCAGCCCUGUUACCAUUGUGUUCUCGGCCGAGAAUGAACCCAGUGGUGUUCCAGACGGCGUGUGGGCCAGAAGCAUCUCCGCCACUGAAAUUGAAGUGAGCUGGCACAUCCUCAGCGUUUCAACAGAAAGAGUGUUGGGCUAUGAGGUGGUGUACUGGGAGGACGAUACAAAACCAGAGACCAUGGGCAAAGUCAGGGUGUCUGCCAAUCAGGACAAGGUGAACAUCAGUGGUCUGAGAGGAUACACGCAGUAUUUCCUGACAGUGAGCGCUUUCAACACAGCGGGUACUGGUCCCCUGUCUCCAACCAUCAAUGUGACCACUAAAAAGUCCCCACCCGGCCAGCCACCUUUAAACGUGGAGUGGAACCUGAUUGGCUCCAAGCUCACGGUUCACUGGGAGCCCGUCAUUUCCCUGGAGAUGGAGUCUGAUGUUACUGGCUAUCAGGUGUCUUACAGAAGGAACCGCCAUAAAGAAAUUAACACAAUAACAACAAAUCUGACCUCGGUGGAGCUCACUCUACCUGCAGAUGACGAUUACGUCAUACAGAUACGAGCACUGAGCGACGGAGGAGAAGGCAUGCCGACCGAGCCCAUCAACAUACACAAACUAAGUAUGAGUGUACGAGGCUCCAGAGCCUGGCGGCCCAACACUAUCCCCAUCUCCUUGCUUUCUGCCAUCGCAUUAUCAACACUGCGACCAGUUUUGUGUUAACGCUCUGAAAGAUCGACCGUCUUCUGGUUAGUUUGAUUGUCUGCUCUCUACCCCAUUCUUGAAUCCUUGGAGAGGAGCACCAAAACACACUUUUGAGAUGAGAUUAUCAAUCCAUCUCUCCGUAGUUAUCUGAGGCAAAGCCUGCCGAUCUGUUCGGAGAGCGUAACGGGAAAAACGUCAGCGUCACGGUGGUGGGAUUUCAUGUGCAUGUUAUGUACUGUGUAUCAUUCUCUCCUUACAAGUGAUCCGAGACCCUAACAAGGUUUCAGCCGAAGGUUCUUCAAGCACGCCGGUGAAUGAGGAGGGAUGAGUCAUAUUACUGCACUAAGAUUUCAUCUUCUCAUCGAUCUCUCAGAAACAAAUGCCUUACUUCCAUGUACAUGCCAAAGUAGUUAACAUCCUUGCUACUGAGCUUCUGUUCUUUUAACCUUGUGAUUGUUUUGUUUGGUUUUGUUCAUUAAUUGUAGGAUUAGUUCACCCGGAAAUCACUUACUCACUCUCAUGUUGUUGCCAUUGAUGUUUGCUUUUCUGUUGGACACAAAAGGAGAGAUUUAAAGCAUGAAAAUACAACAAACAGAGGUUUCCAAAGCUUCAUAGAGGCCAUAGAAGCACCAUAAAAAUUGUAAAAAGUAUGCCAUGUCAGUUCAUUUGAAGACAUAUGCAUUUUUUUUUUUGAGAAGAAUGAUGAUAUUUAAAGGGACAGUUAAACCAAAUUUUAAAUUUACCCCAUCAUUUAUUUUCUCUUUAUUCCUUUAGGAGUUUCUUU